AUGCUCAUUAUUGUAUUACAUAAACUGAAAUCACAAAAUAUUUCACGGUCAUUGGAUAAGAGGCUUCUCGCGUUUGUGCUGGUAGUUUGCUGGUAUGCCGGAAAUACAUUUUACAACAUUUACAACAAGAAGGCUGCCAACAUGAUCCAUGCCCAUUGGUUCUUGGCUGCUGCCCAGCUCGUUGUUGGUAUUGUUUGGAGUUUGGUAAUGUGGGGAACGGGUCUUCGCAAGACUCCCAAUCUCACAGCCGCAGAUAUUGCUGCCUGCAUCCCGAUUGGUCUCUGCGCUAGUUUGGCUCACUCUGGUUCUGUCUUGGCGUCAGCUGUGGGGGCUGUGUCCUUCGCACAGAUCGUCAAGGCCUGCGAGCCUGUGUUUGCUGCCGUCGUCGGUAUCCUGAUCCCUCCCGCUGACAUCAAGCCACCGCUUGCUUACAUUAUGCUCGCUGUCAUCGUCGGGGGCGUUGGGCUGGCCUGUGUCAAGGAAGGUAAAGGGGUUGAUAUCAAUGUCGAGGCCUUUCUCUUCGCCUCCAUGGCCAAUCUUGCCGCUGCCUUGAAGGGAAAGCUUGGAAGUUCCGUGACCAAGGCGCUGAAAUCGGACAAGACGAAGAAUAUGGAUGCCGCCAAUGUUUACGCCGUAAUGAACAUCAUCUCGUUUAUCUGCACAGUUCCUUUCGUCGUGUUUACAGAGCUUCCCACGUUGCGCCAGGAGUGGGACCACGCUGUCACUGCGCAUGGACUCAACAACCUACUCUUUAACAUUGGAGUCAGUGGAUUCUGCUUUUACAUCUACAACGAGUUUGCUUUCGCUUUCACCGCCAACGUUGGAGCCGUCACUUCGUCGGUCUUGAACACGGCCAAGCGCGUCAUUAUUAUUGUUGCGUCGUCUAUUGUUUUUCAAGAGGUCAUGGAGCGCAACACGAUCAUCGGAUCUGCCAUUGCUAUUGGUGGCACCUUCGCGUAUUCGCUUGCUUCCAAGGCUAAGCCAGCAGCGAAGAAGGCCAAAACCUCUUAAGCACGUGUCAUUCUCCUCUACAUUUUAAUGAUAGUUGACUUGUUACUUGG